GAACUCCUCAGAGCAUUCUUUCCCUUCCGGCUGUGUCAUCCCCUCGCCCACCCUGUCUAAUUAACCCCUGGCAGGAACACGGCACUUCCCCUGAGUGGGCGAGGUCAGGGGGCCGCCACUCUCCAGAGCCCUGCAUCAAAGGGCCGGCGGGGGUGGCGGGAGAAUGGGCCUGCAGAUGAGUGAGGUGUCUCCAGGCGGCAGGAAACAAUGUAGCUGGCGGGGAGGGGGCCUCUCCUGACCUGCGGGCGCCUCUCGCUGCGGCUGAGUGGAGGGGAGCGCGGGUGUGAAUCCAGCAGGGCUCCGGUUUUCGUGAUGAGGACUGAGGUGGGGGACCCGGGCCUCCCAUCCGCAGCAAAAAGGGCCCUGUCCAACUCCCGGGGGUGCCAGGCCUUUGGCCUCAGAGCUGUCUGCAAGGGAAACUGAGGCUGGCUGCGUGCCUUUUCCGUGGUGCAGUGAGGAAACAGGCAGGAGUGGUAGCGUAGCAAAACGGUCCCCGCCCUCCCCCCGCCGCAGUGCUGGUUUGCAGUGUCUCGAGGCCUCGGGGCAGCCAGUCCCUGUCCCGCAGAGCAUGCGGUUAGAGAACGGGAUGCUUGGCGAGAUUGGGGGACAGGGCCCAGGGGCUUCAAAUCUGUGCUGCUGGUCUGUGCCUCAGUUUCCCCAAUUAUAAAACGGGGGUGAUCGCCCUGCCUCCCGGGGGGUUGCCAGGAUAAAUGCAUGAAAGACCGGGAGGCGGUCGUGUACUGUGGGGACCAGACAAGCGAGAUCUCUCGGCGGCUCCGUUUCUGGCCCUGGUGGGGUUUGGGUUUGCAGACUCAACUCUCUGGGCUGUGCCAGGAGCAGAGGGUUUGCUCUGGGGCGCCCGGCUGAAUGCUCCUCUUUCCUCGUAUUUGCCGACAACGCAAAUAUUUAUCAGCAGGCCGCUUCGGAGGGGACGCCUUAUCAGCCUGCGUGGGCCAGAGUCAAUAUUUUCGCCCCUCGCGGCUGCACACGCCUUUGCCUCCGUGCUCAGGCUGUGUUUCCUCUGUGCCUCUUGUUCGGGGAUCUCUUAUCUGCUGAAAUAAAUAAUAUUUACCAAGGCCAUGCUCCUGCCUGCUGCUCGCUACUGAAUGGCUUUCCCACCUUCCCGGUGCCGUCUGUGUCUCUUUGGUCCUGGCAUCUGGCCGUCUGGCUUUGGCCUGCAGUCUGCCUAUUGACUGCCCCAGAUGCGCUCGGAGCUGUACAAACCCUGAACAAAUAGUUGGGUCCUGCCCCAUCCCUGUCCCCUUUCUUAUUGUGAGCAGCUAAGGCCGGGGAUGUGAAAAGACUUCACCAGCAUGAUCUUGUGGGCUGGGUCCAACCCCCCCCUUGCAUCUGCCUCCCGUGAUCUCUGCAUCUCAGUUCUCGUCUCUUUGGGGAACAUCGGGAAGCGACGGGCCUGGGGCAGCCGGUGACCGUGAGCGAGCCGUUUGAGCGGGCGUCUCUGGAAUGGGGUUUUGUUUUUGUAGGGGCCGGGUGAUGGAUCCAGGGUGGGUUUUUAAGGACCUCGGGUGAAAGGGUUAGAAAGGAUCCGGGUGAGAUUUUUGGAUUGAAUUGUGGGUCUUCCCGCCCCGCAGUUUGUGGAAAUUUGGGAAAUCUCCAGUUGUCCUGGCCCGGGAACCCCCCCAGAUCUGCCUCGUUACCAGCCCUGUAGGGCCUUACAGCAAAAAUCCUGGCACAUCCUGCUUGGCUCUGUUUUUCCCCCUGAUCUGAUUUUUUUUUUUUUUUUUUUUUUUUUUUGAUGCCCUGCCAGCAGCUGGCAUGAGGUUUGUUGAUGCUUUCGCUGGCUGAUUAUGCGAGCAGGCCUGGCUCCCAUUGGUCGGCCCGCUCAGCCAAUGAGUGCCGCCCCGGAACCUGGGGUGACAGCACCACGGUCCACGUGCGGGCAUGUGUAACACGGCGCUGACAUCACCCGGCGGCCGGCCAAUGCCGAGGCCGCCGGGUGUUACACAAUUGGGGACAGCGUCUCUGCCAGAGCCGCCGGGUGCUGGUGGCAGUUCGGGGGCGCCCGGCUAUGGAGGAUGCACCCUGGAGCCCUGGGCAGCCAGGAGGAACCGGCCGGCCGUGGUGAGGUUUGCAGCACCAAAGUCACCAGAGACUCCCCGCUGUCACUGUACAGCCUACGACUUCUCCGACCGGAUCCGUCUCCUGCCCCGACCCCUGCGCCUCCCCGCGGGCCGGGUGAUGUCCCCGGGUCCUCCCCGAUCAUGAGUGCCAGCUGCGAGCCGGGCCAGACGCCCUUCGAGGGGGCGAGCGUGAUUGGGGCCAACUCCGGAGCCCCCCGGCGGACCCGGGCCCAGCGAGGGGCCGAGCCCCAGGGCCGGGCCACCGACGACAUGGAUGCCAACAGCAACGGGUCCAGCGGCAACGAGUCGCACGGCCGGGACUCCCUGCGGAGCGACUGCAGCAGCAGCGGGAACGGCAAGGACUCGGCCCUGCUGGAGACCACCGAGAGCAGCAAGAGCACCAACUCCCAGAGCCCGUCGCCCCCCACCAGCUCCAUCGCCUACAGCUUGCUGAGCACCAGCUCCGAGCAGGACAACCCCUCCACCAGCGGCUGCAGCAGCGAGCAGUCCGCGCGGGUGAAGACCCAGAAGGAGCUGAUGAAGGCGCUGAAGGAGAUGAAGAUCCGGCUGCCCUCGGAGAAACGCGGCAAGGGCCAGUCGGGCACCUUGGCCACCCUGCAGUACGCGCUGUCCUGCGUCAAACGGGUCCAAGCCAGCCAUGACUAUUACCAGCAGUGGACCCUCGACGAGAGCCAGCCCUGCCACCUGGAUGUGGCCAGUUACACCGUCGCCGAGCUGGAGGGCAUGACCUCCGAGUACACCCGCAAGAACCCCGACACGUUCGCCGUGGCCGUCUCCUUUGUCACCGGCAAGAUCCUGUACAUCUCGGACCAGGCGGCCCUCGUCCUGCAUUGCAAGAGGGAGGUCUUCAAGGGGGCCACCUUCGCCGAGUUCCUGGCCCCCCAGGACGUCAGCAUCUUCUACGCCUCCACCGCCCCCUACCACCUGCCCUCCUGGAGCGCCUGCACCUCGGCCACUGCGGCCGCCGUGGGCUACACCCAAGAGAAAUCGGUCUUCUGCCGGAUCAGCGGAGGCCGCGCCCGUGGGCGGGAGCUGUCUUACUCCCCCUUCCGGCUCACCCCCUACCUGGCCAAGGUGCGCCCCUCGGACAGCGCCGAGGGCCAGCCCUGCUGCCUGUUCAUCGCCGAGCGCAUCCACUCGGGAUACGAAGCUCCCCGGAUCCCGACCGAUAAGCGGAUCUUCACCACCAGGCACACCCCCGGCUGCUUGUUCCAGGACGUGGACGAGAGGGCUGCCCCCUUGCUGGGUUACCUCCCCCAGGACCUGAUUGGCACGCCCGUCCUCUUCUACCUGCACCCGGAGGACAGGCCGCUCAUGCUGGCCAUCCACAAAAAAAUUCUCCAGUACGGCGGGCAGCCCUUCGACCACUCCCCGCUCCGUUUCUGCACCCGCAACGGCGAGUACGUCACCAUCGACACCAGCUGGUCCAGCUUCGUCAACCCCUGGAGCCGCAAGGUCUCCUUCGUCAUGGGGCGCCACAAAGUGCGCACGGGUCCCCUCAACGAAGACGUCUUCACGGCCCCCAAGGCGCUCAAGAUGCGGCCGCUGGAGCCCGACAUCCAGGAGCUCUCGGAGCAGAUCCACCGGCUGCUUCUCCAGCCUGUGCACAGCAAUGGCUCCGUGGGGCUCUGCAGCAUGGCCAGCAACGCGUCCCACGAGCAGUUCCUGAGCGCGGCCUCCUCCAGCGACAGCAACGGCCUCCCCGCCGAGGAGACGCAGGCCCAGCGGCCGAUGACCUUCCAGCAGUUCUGCAAGGACGUGCACAUGGUGAAGAACCAGGGCCAGCAGGUGUUCAUCGAGUCCCGCGCCAAGCCGCCGGCUGCCAAGCCCCCCCGCGCAGGCCCGGAGACACCCCAGGAUGGUGGCGGGCCGGGCAGGGAGGCCCCUUGUGAGGUGCAGCGGGGCCCGGGCCAUGUGGUGGCUUCCGAGGAGUCGGGCAGGAAGGAGGCCUCCAGUUACUCCUACCAGCAAAUCAACUGCCUGGACGGGAUCAUCAGGUAUCUGGAAAGCUGCAACAUCCCCAGCCGGGUGAAGCGGAAAUGCGGCUCUUCGUCCUACACCGGCUCCUCCAACUCCGACGACGACAAACAGAGGGCAGGCAGGGAGCCGGCCAGCUCGGCAAAAGAUGCGGCGGAGGAAAUGCAGCCGAGCCAGCCCAGGAGGGAGGAGGAGGAACCCGCCGCGGCGGUGGGACCCCCGCUGGCCCCGCUGGCCUUGCCCAGCAAAGCCGAAAGCGUGGUGUCCGUCACCAGUCAGUGUAGCUUCAGCAGUACCAUCGUCCACGUGGGAGAUAAGAAAGCCCCGGAAUCGGACACAGCGAUGCUGGAGGAGGGCCCCGGGCCGCGCCCCCCCCCUGACCGGGAGCAGUACCGCCGCGUGGGGCUCACCAAGGAGGUGCUGUCCGUCCACACCCAGCAGGAGGAGCUGGCUUUCCUCACCCGCUUCCAGGAGCUGAGCCAGCUCCACGUCUUCGACUCGCCAGCCGGGCAGGGUGCCGAGCCAGGGCACCGCGGCCCGCGGCGGGGCGCCGGCCGGCGUGGCAAAUCCAAGGCCAAGCGUGUCAAGCAGCACAAGGCGUCCGACAGCACCGGCUCCCCGCCUCCCCCGGGCCCCUGGCCCCCGCGGCCCCCCCCCCUGCCCUUCCCCGCCGUGGUGCCCGUCUUCCCGCCCAGCCAGCCCCCCGCCGAGCCCCCCCCCCACUUCCCCGCCCCUCUGGUGGCCCCCGUGGUGGCCCUGAUGCUGCCCAACUACGUCCUGCCCCCGCCGUACUUCCCGGCCCCCUUCGGGGGGGAGCCCUUCGGCCCCCCUGAGGCCUCGCGCUCCACCACGCCCGAGCGGCCCCACUCGCCCCCCUUCGACUCCCGCUGCAGCUCCCCACUCCAGCUCAACCUGCUGCAGAUGGAGGAGGCCCCCAAGGUGUCCGAGCGGCAGGAGGCGCCCGGUGGCCAGCCCGGGCCGGGAAGCAGUGGGGCCGGCGGGCCGCCGGGGGCCGGCGAGCUCGGCCCGCAGAAGGAAACCUGCCUGGUGGAAGCUCAGGACUCCUCCAACAACGACGCCCUGUCCAGCUCCAGCGACCUGCUGGACCUGUUGCUGCAGGAGGACUCGCGCUCCGGGACCGGCUCGGCCGCCUCGGGCAGCGGCUCCAUGGGCUCCGGCUCCGGGGGGGGCAGCACCUCAGCCUGCGGCACCACCAGCAGUAAGAGCAGCCACACCAGCAAGUACUUCGGCAGCAUCGACUCGUCGGAGCCGGAGCGGGCGGGGCAGCCACCGGGCGUGGGCGGGGGCGUGGGCGGGGCUGGCGAGCAGUUCGUCAAGUACGUGCUGCAGGACCCCCUCUGGCUGCUCAUGGCCAACACGGACGAGAAGGUGAUGAUGACCUACCAGCUGCCCGCCCGCCCCACGGCCGCCGUGCUCCAGGCCGACCGGGAGAAGCUGCGGGAGAUGCAGAAGCACCAGCCGCGCUUCACCGAGGAGCAGAAGAAGGAGCUGGCCGCGGUGCACCCUUGGGUGAAGAAGGGGCUGCUGCCCAAGGCCAUCAACGUCACGGCCUGCCUGGACUGUGGCAGUCACCCAGCCCCCCGCCUGGCGCCCCUCUUCGACACGGAGCCGCACGCCAUGGAGCUGAGUGCCACGCUGGAGCCCAUGGAGGAGGGCAGCGGUGCCCCCCCCUGCCCGGACACGGCCAUGGAGGAGGAGGAGGCCGGGCAGCCAGCCCGGCCCCAGGCGGGCGCCGAAAACGCUGGCUGAGCCCCGAGCCCGCCUCGACCCCACGCUCCCAGCCACCGCCGGCUGCCCCUCGGAGCCGGCCACCGCGCGGGAUGGACCAGACGUGCUGGCCCGGCCUCGGCCCCCGGACUGAGCCAGGCCCAGCCGAGCCGGGCCCUGCUCCGGCCCCUGCCCUGCCCGCGGGCGCCCCCGGGAGGCCGGGGCUGGCCCUGCGCAGGGUGGAGUAUUUAUUUUUGGAAGGUGUGUUUUUGUACGAAAAGGCGGGACAAUAAACCACGGCCGCGGCUGUCCCCAGCGGGCGGCAACGUCCCAGCGA